UAAACAUUUACCAACAACAACAACAACAUAUGCAAAAGCAUUGCAUUGCUCGCACACGUUGUGUUGCAAUAUUUGUUUCCACCGGAGCCGUUCAACUGUCGCAACUUCCUCUGAAAUUAUAACUUGUGUCGAAUAAUCAAGCGUAGGAUACUGCUCGUCGUGAACGUGUUUUAGCCCAGCUCAGUCUAGUCGAACUGCAUGCCACAGAUGGCAGCAUCAGAGGUCUUUGACUCUGCAUAUGAAAAAGGAGGUAAAGGUGGAGACGGAAACCGUAAUAAGGAAGAGAAAUCAUCCUCGAGCCAACACAGGAUGGAUCAGAGAAGUCACCAGCAACGACAUGCCCCGUCCAGGAAUCCUGGGCGGAAUUAUGAUGAUAGGUAUCACCAAGCAGAGCAGGACAGUCGAGGGCAUUACAGAAGAGAUCAGGAUGGUAUGAGGGACUAUGGAUACAGCGAGAGAGAUGGCGGAAGGAAUCACAAUCAGGACUAUGGCAGACAAGGCCAAGGAGGCUAUGGUGGAGAUUAUUUUAGUUAUGGUGGUCAUCCGACCGGGCAAAUUUACCAAGCAGGUCAAAGGGACGAUAGAAGGGGGUAUGACGACAGAUACGGCCCUGGAAGGGACCAAGGAAUGGCUCACCGAGGUGGAAAUCAACAGACGAAUUGGACGUGGGAGGACAGCCGACAACCUCAGAGAGGCGGGGAGGGAGGGGGCGGGAGAGGGGGCGGGAGAGGGGGUGGGAGAGGAAGAGGAGGUGGGAGAGGAAGAGGGGGUGGGAGGGGUAGACAGGACUGUUCAAAGGGAUCGGACAAAGGUGCUGUGGAAGACUUUGAGAGCCACAAAGAAGGACAGCGCUAUUCAGACAGCCAUGAAGAUGGGGGAAGGGGUGUGAACCGAGGCAGGGGAGGGGGAAGACAAAGGGGAAGAGGGAAAGGGAAUAGGGAACAGGGUGGAUCAUACCAAAAGGAUGAUUACAGAGAAAACAGACAAGAACAAUCCAGAUCGCAAUCGAGAAAGCCAAAAGAAUACCCUGACGGAGAUUCGUCCAACAAUGCCAGUCGAGACAGGAGCGACGUUGAAAGAUUAACGUCUCGUAUACAAGGUACCAGAUGGCAAGAUAAGAAGGACGACGGGCCACGAGAUAGAAAUCGAUACAGAAGCAACUCUAAUGAAAACCAAGAUGACAACGACAGAGACAACCCAAGAAACCGGUCCGCUCCAAACCAGAGAGGAAAAGGAAGUGGCCCGGCGAGCAAGCAGCAGAACCAGAAGGGGGCCAGGAAACCGUUCCCAAAGAAGGUCCCCAAGGGAGGCAGCGCAGAAACCCAGACAGGGUCUCUCAUUGAGCAGCUCUCGGCAGGGUCCUACGAGUGUCCUGUGUGUUGUGACCGGAUCAAGUGCGAAGCCAGGGUCUGGAGCUGUAAAACAUGCUUUGUUGUCUUUCAUCUGGGCUGCAUCAAGAAAUGGGCCAAAAGUCCUUCUGCAUCCGCUGAAGGAACCGAUGGCUGGCAGUGCCCAGCGUGCAGAGGCAUCGAGAUCAAGAUCCCGCACGUCUACUUCUGCUUCUGCGGGAAGAUGAGAGAGCCCGCAUGGGAGCCGGGGGAAACCCCCCACAGCUGUGGGGAGGUGUGUCGUGGUAGUCGCCCCACCUCCUGCCCCCAUGCCUGUAACAUUCUAUGUCACCCGGGUCCAUGCCCACCGUGUCCGUCCAAUGUACAGAAAUCCUGCAAUUGUGGUAAGAGCCAGCAGACAGUGAGGUGUGGUACCCAGAAUGAGAUUCGAUGUCAGGAGAAAUGUGGUGAGCCGUUGAACUGCAGAAGACAUACCUGUGAGGAGAUCUGUCACAGAGACCAGUGUAGCCCUUGUGAAGAAACCAUUCUUCAAGAAUGUUAUUGUGGGGGAGCAAGCAGAGAAGUGGAGUGUAACCAGGAAGUGUCACCCACUGGUACCGAAGGCAGCUAUUCUUGUUUGACAAUAUGUGACAAGCCUUUGGACUGUGGUCAUCACAACUGUGAAACCCCCUGCCACGUUGGUGAGUGCCGACCCUGCAGCCGCGACCCCGCCCGUAUCACCCACUGCCCCUGCGGGAAGACCCCUCUCUCGUCCCUGGAGGGGGUCGAGAGGACCUCCUGUAUUGACCCUAUCCCCACCUGUCGGAACGAGUGUGGGAAAAGCUUUGCAUGUGGCGGUACAGUCAAGCAUAUAUGUGAGCAGCCUUGCCACUCUGGGCCAUGUCGACCCUGCGAGAAGACCACAAACGCCAAGUGUCGUUGCGGACAUCGGUUCGUCGACGUCUCUUGCAAGGUGAUACAGGAUAGCAUCCAAUCACAGGGUAGCAUGUCAGAGGUCGUCUGUGACAGGAAGUGCACCAAGAAGAAGCAUUGUGGGAGGCAUAAAUGUGGACAGUUGUGUUGUGUGUAUACAGAUCACCUGUGCUUCCAGCAGUGUGGACGCAAGCUCAAGUGUGGUAUUCACGCCUGUGAGGAGCCGUGCCAUAUGGGCAACUGCCCUCCGUGUCUCCAUGCAAGUUUUGAAGAGCUGACCUGUCACUGCGGCACUGAGGUUCUGUACCCUCCAAUCCCCUGCGGUACCCCGCCCCCGGAGUGCCAUCAGCCGUGCAAUCAGAGACAUGCUUGCCAGCAUACCAUCCGACAUCACUGCCACAGCGAGGAGAAGUGCCCUCCGUGUGUGGAGCUCACGAGCAAGACAUGUAUCGGGGGACAUGAGGUCCGCUACAACAUUCCAUGCCACGUGCAAGGCAUCUCCUGUGGUCGUCCUUGUGGUAAACCACUGCCCUGUGGCUACCACAAUUGCCUCAAAACCUGCCACGCGGGUGAUUGCGACCCUGAAUGCAAGCAGCCUUGCAAGGUGGUCCGUGCUGAUUGCAAACAUCCAUGUAGCGUCAUCUGCCAUGUGGGCUGGCCGUGUCCUCAGGUCACAUGUAAAGCAAGGGUAACUGUGAAGUGUCCAUGCGGGAGACGAGUACAGAUAAUGGAAUGCCAGGCCAGUGGGAGUGACGGCAUUAACAAAGCACUGCAGAAGCUGACCGUGUCCAAGUUAGCUGGUAAGAUCCAGACACUACAACAUAAUGAAGAAGUAGACAUAAGUGAGCUGACGGGUGCCAAGGGCUCUAACAAGGCUAGUAGGAUUCUUUGCGAUGAAGAGUGUGCACUCCAAGAAAGAAAUAAACGGCUUGCUGUUGCAUUGCAGAUCAAGAACCCUGAAUUGAGUGCAAGCGGUAAAAUAACUCAAUAUGGUGACUUUCUGAAAGAACAAGCGAGGAAGCAUCCAGGCUUUGUGGCUGCUAUAGAAAAAGAAAUGGCUGCGUUGGUUGUUUCUGCUCAAAGUUCCAAGCAGGCCAGUAGAAGCCACGCCUUCCCGUCCAUGAUGAAGAACCACCGCCGAAUCAUCCAUGAGCUGUCUGAAUUCUAUGGCAGCGAAUCGGAAAGUUAUGAUGAAGAACCAAAGAGAAAUGUAGUCACCACAGCAAGAAAGAAUCGAUGUUUCAUGCCAACCAUGACCUUAACGGCUACCAUACAGAGAGGGAUUAACCCAAGGGCACCGCUUCCCAUACCCCAUGCCAGUCAGGAAGGCGAUCUCAGAUCUGCAGCGAAGGCUGUCAAACUCUCCACUGACAUUGUCGGUAGCAAGACCAAGGAAAAAGUCAUUGACUACUUCGACAUGACUGGUUAGCUAGCUCAUACCCAGUCUUUCAAAGAUGGAAUUUGCACAUACUGGUACCAGAUCAAGUGAAAAAGAACUCUUCUGUUGGUAGGGAUCCUUCUAGGAUUUGGCAUUAUAUAAGUGUAAUAUUCUCAUAGUGAUAUUUAAGUAUUUUAUUGUUUUUAUGUUUUCGGGUUGUCCGUACGUCCCGUUCUCUUGAUCGCACUUUUGAAUCUUUCGAUAGCUAAAUCGCUCUUACAGCUCCGUAAAUAUGUGUUCAGACUGAAACCUGAUAUCCUGGCAUUCUUCUUCUUCUUCUCUUCUUGACUUCCAUGUACUGUAUAGGAGAAACAGGUUGGAGAUGUUUCCAGAGAGCUCUUCC